AUGGACAAGCUCGGAGAGUGGCCGGCCGAAUCCCAGCAGCAUGAGCCACGUGCGGUGCUCCUGCUUAACAGGUUCACGCGGACAUCGACUAUUAUGUAUGCUACUGGCGGGCUUGAGGAUGUGAUUGGCAUUCCAGCCGAGGCGAUGCGCGGACGAAGUUUCUACUGUUGCAUCGCGGAGAACUGCCUCUACGAUGCGGUCACGUGUUUAGAGAACGCGAAGUACAACGACUCGAUAGCCUACCUGCGAUUCUGGUUUCGCGAUCCACGUCCAAGCCAUCCCCAAUCUUCGACAGAUCUUACCGACGACGGCGAUGAGGAGACAACGACGGAUAUGAGCGAAGAUCAUAAAGAGGCCAGCGCGCAGAGUCGCGGCGGUGCGGAGCUGCAUAGAGAGCAGUGGAUAGGGUCGCACACGGCGCGGCCGAGCUCGAGCGACAGGAUAGAAAUGAUUGCUAUGGAUGAAGAAUCGAACCUCAAGUCGAGGACAUCUCCCGGGGACAACACGCGUGAAGCAGAUAAGUACGAGGCGAGGUUUGACCAAUCGCGAGCAGCGGAAUUGUCAUCCUCUUCUUUAGCAGUAUCGCCGGAGCGGGAUCGUGCAUCACCGCAAAGAGCACAGGCCGAGGCGGUCGAGCUUGAAGCAGUAAUCUCAUCUACUUCGGACGGUCUUGUGGUAUGUUUACGGAGAGCACGACCAUUGAUCCCGCAUCCGACGCAUCGGACUUCGAAUCCGGUCUACGAGAAUGGCCUCUUCGCCGCACCAUGGGCCGGAGAGGCGAUACUGCCAUUAUUAGAUUCGCGACCGUACGCCGGCUUCGGUUCCGGCUUCGCGCCGGCACUUGGUCACCGGCCGCACAACAAAAUAGCACCUACGCAUGCCAGUGGUCCAGAUAGGACGGACCUUAUGAACGCCAUCAAAGACCAGGCAAUCUUUGCCUGGGGACUCGUUGGCAUGAAUGAAAGUUUGGCGGAGUACAGCCAGGGCAAGCCUCUCGGGGAAUCGUUACCGGGGUGUAUGUAG